AUGUCUGUCGCGCGGUCAUCGCUCCUGGCCUUUGGUCUUGCUUUUUUGCCUCUGGUUGUGGCUGAUGACCACCCUGUCGUCCAAGAUGAUAUCUGCAAUUGUUUUCUGACCAACAGUUCUGAGAAUUACUUCACCAACCACAUGUUUUAUGACUUUCGCAACCUAGGCCAGUAUGCCGGUGUCCCCGAUAUCCUCGACGAUUUCAACAAGAGCGGAUCGGCGCUGCCAACAUCCGACUAUUUCAAUUCCGAUGCCUGGACGUCAGUAUGGAGUGUCCAGAGAUGGAACAAUAGUGGAAAGUUAGGCAGGGACGGGAAUGAUGCGACUAUACGCAUGACCAACUCUCACAGCAACGUAUACAUCGAGAAGAACAACGAUCCCAAUCCCUCAUCAGACACAUUCUUGAGCUUCCGCACCGCACGGCUCAAGAACUUUCAAAGCUCUGCUGAGAUGGAGUCCGUUUCAAUGGGUUAUCACUUCGUCUCCGUCCGUAUGCUCGCCCGCACGAUCGGUGACCCCGGCGCCUGUACAGCUCUGUUCACCUACCGUGAGGCAGACAAAUACGCCAACGUCCAGGAAGCCGACAUUGAGGUAUUGACAAAGGACCCAGACAACAGAAUUCAGUACACGAACCAGCCAUCCUUCGAUUCCAAGGGCAAUACCAUCCCUUCAUCAACUGAAAACGGCACAUUGCCCAGCGGUGUAUCAUGGCGCCAGUGGGCUGUCCACCGCCUUGAUUGGAACUCCGAGAAGAGCACAUGGCUUGUCGACGGCCAACAGGUGUCAAGCAUCAAGUUCCAAGUCCCUCGGGACCCCAGCCGUGUCAUGAUCAACUCGUGGAGCGACGGCGGCUCGUGGUCGGGGGUGAUGGACGUCGGCGGUUCAGCCGUCUUGCAGAUUCAGUGGAUCGAGAUGAUCUUCAACACCACCGACUCACCAACAACGCCUUCGAAACGUAGUGCUGUCGACCAGCGGCACAACCACGGACCCGAGGGCAAGCUGAUUCGUCGUAAAGGCGAUGGCCAAUGCCAGGUUGUAUGCAGUAUCGACUCCGCACCCGCCGUCGGACAGGUAGUCAUGUUGCACAACGGAACUGCACCUGGCUUGCUGCUCGCCCAGUCCAGCACUGCGGCGUUCUGGUUGCCGGUGCUGCUCAUGUCGGCCAUGUUUCUCCAUUUCGUCUAUUAA